AUGACUGAUCAACGAAUCGUGCUUAUUACAGGCGGCAAUACCGGCAUUGGUUAUGAGGCUGUGAAGGCUUUUCUUCAGUCUGACAGGCCAUAUCACAUCUUGAUGGGCAGCCGAUCCAUCGAUAAGGCAAGAGCUGCAAUUGAAAAGGUGAAGUCGGAAGUCCCGGGCACUACCAAUACCGUCGAUGUGGUGCAGUUGGAUAUUGCCAGCGACCAAUCUAUUCAAAAGGCAUUUGACUAUGUCAAGGCUUCUUUCAAUCGCGUAGAUGCACUGGUCAAUAAUGCCGGCGGUUCGUUCGACUGGGAGUACAAGCAGGGCGGUAUUACCUUGCGGGAAUCAUGGAACAAAGCCUUCGAUAUCAAUGUCUCCGGAACCCAUAUCAUGACGCACGUAUUCAUGCCACUGCUCCUUGAAUCAUCAGACCCCCGGCUCCUAUUUGUGACCAGCGGUCUGUCGAGUCUGCAACAGACAAGUGAGAAAUUCUAUCCAAACCCGAACCCACCAAAGGCAGGAUGGCCCAAGAGCUUCGAUUUUGAUACUAUGGCGUAUCGGUCUAGCAAGACGGCGCUCAAUAUGAUGAUGGUUAACUGGGCUUGGAGAUUGACAGAGGAUGGCGUCAAGACAUGGUGUGUUUCACCCGGUUUCCUGGCUACCGGCCUGGGCAAUGAACCCGAAUUGCUGAAGUCGAGAGGCGCUGGCCAUCCAAGUGUCGGUGGCGUCUUCAUCAAGGAUGUAGUGGAGGGCUUAAAGGAUGAGGAUGUCGGUAAAGUGGUUCACAGCAGCGGUCGCGUUCAGCCUUUUUGA